CUUGGAUCAAUUGACUGAAUGCAACGUGUUUGGUUGACGAAUUCCGCGUUGAGACGACUGUGUCAUCUUUCGUCUGCGCUGGGUAUUAAAACUCCCGUCCCUUAUUUAGAGCGUCAUCCCGUAGCUGCCAGCACUUUAUUACAUUCCUGCCGACAAUCUUCCACGAUGUCGUACUCAGCUGUCGAGAGAGGAAGCCCUAACACUUUGGAUUAUCGAAUUUACUUUUCGGGACCAACUGGGUUUAUCUCACCUUUCCACGAUAUACCACUGUAUGCUAACGCAGAGAAAACUGUGCUCAAUAUGGUUGUAGAAAUUCCAAGAUGGACGAAUCAUAAGAUGGAGAUCAGCAGAGAAGACAGUCUAAACCCAAUCAAGCAAGAUGUGAAGAAGGGGAAGCUGCGGUUUGUGAAGAACUUCUUCCCACAUCAUGGUUAUAUAUGGAACUACGGGGCUCUUCCUCAAACUUGGGAAGAUCCCAGUCAUGAAGACCCGGAGACUAAGACUAAGGGAGACCAGGACCCCCUGGAUGUGUGUGAAAUAGGCCAGAAGGUUCACAAGCGCGGAGCUGUCAUACAAGUCAAGGUGCUAGGUGUUAUGUGUCUAAUAGAUGAAGGAGAGACCGACUGGAAAAUAAUCGGUAUAGAUGUGAAUGAUCCAUUAGCCAAGGAUGUCAGUGAUAUAGAAGAUGUGGAUAAACACAUGCCUGGAUUAUUGAGGGCUACAAAUGAAUGGUUCAGGUAUUACAAAGUUCCUGAUGGAAAACCAGAGAACAAGUUUGCAUUUGAUGGAAAAGCUAGAAACAAGGAUCAAGCCUUAAGGGUCGUGAAUGAGAGCUACGGAUUCUGGCAGAACUUGAUUUCUGGAAAGGCGGACAAUGCUGGUAUCUCUAGAAACAAUACAACAAUAGAGGGACCCUUCAAAAAGUCGCAGGCUGAAGCAAAUGAAGUUGUUGAAAAGAGUGCACCACUUGGAGCUGAGGCUGCUUUGCCAGAGGACGUGAACAGAAGCUACUACAUUCUACAUUAAUUUCUGGGGCUUUUGGAACUGAAGAAGCGCUGGCAUCUGAUGACUAUACAAUUGGCUGGGAACAACUGUCCAUGACUGCAGAUUGAUGAUAUCUUGCCUCAUUAUUACUCUUGUAUCACAGGGGCUGCUACAAUCAGCAAAAUAUGCGUGAUAUUAUAUACUUAUAGUGUAGUGAAAGUACACUGUGGUGUAUCAGUUUACAUAAAUAAUUCAAAAAAGGAAAUAUGUUAAAAUUAACUGAUGUCGGAUCCUUCAUUUUUGAACACUUUGUGUGUGACAGACAGAGUGGUAGAAUUGCAAUAUUUAUUUGAUUUAAUGUUUGUGAUUUCUAAGAAGCACUGUAGAGAAAUGAUAAUUUCAUAUCAGUGAUAAUAUGAACGCAAUUUAUUGGCCUCAUUACUAAGCAAGAGCUACAAAUUCCACCCUUAAGCUAUUGUCACCUUUAUCAGGAUGAUUUUCUCGAAGAUUUUUAAAGUUAAGAAUCAAUAUUGUAGCCAAAGAUCUGAUUGUGAGUCACAAGGCUUUUUAUCGUAGCUGUGUUUAUAAUGCCUGUUCUAAUUCAUUCAUAUAGACUUGCCUUGUGAACUGUCAACACAGACUAUUUCCAUAUAAAUAGGUACACAUUCUGGAGGGGCCUCCGUGGCUCAGUCGGUUAGCGCGCUAGCGCAGCGUAGUGACCCAGAAGCCUCUCACCAAUGCGGUCGCUGUGAGUUCAAGACCAGCUUAUGCUGGCUUCCUCUCCGGCCGUACGUGGGAAGGUCUGGCAGCAACCAGCGGAUGGUCGUGGAUUUCCCCCUGGCUCCGCCCGGUUUCCACCCACCAUAAUGCUGGCCACCGUCGUAUAAGUGAAAUAUUCUUGAGUACGGCGUAAAACAGCAAUCACAAAAAAGAAAAAAAAAAAACACAUUGUGGAGAGGCUGAAUUGCCUAUAUUCCGACAUGGUGAAGGCUGAUUGGUUUAAGAGUAACUUCUGGAGACGGUUAAUCCUGGUGAAGGUCAUAAACCCACAUAAUUACUGUGAUCACAGUUUUAUGUAUAUGUGCAUGUCAUUUGAACUUAUGACAACUGUAAAUGGGCAUUCAGGUCUUAUCAACUAAGUGCAGUUACCAGUGGAUUUUUUUGCCCGACUGUUUGUUUUCUGUAAGAAUUACCUCCCUUGCAUUGUAAGACUCACAGCAAGUACAAUCUUAUAACAUUGAAACGUCUCCACUGGCAGAUUACAUGUCCAUCUGUUUUGCCUUGUCCGAUGUGGCAUUUGCUUUCUAUGACAGUGAUUUUCAUACAGGCAACUGUUGUUUAAAUAUUGGCUUGUUGAGGGGAAUUUGUGCCUUGUUUUGUCUGUCCGUCCAGGUGUCUGUGAAUAUUUGUGCCCAUGGGCAUGUAUGUUAAUCAUGUCGCCCAGCAGUCCACCGAGGAAUGAUAAUUCUGUAUACAAUUAACAAUAAUAAAACCUGAGGCAGAAACCUACAGAGUUUCCCCUUCAAGUUUUUUCCAACACAUUUUUACCCUAGCCACCAUUAGUCUUCCCUGGUUCAGGUAAUGCUACUAAGAUAAAUGUGAAAAUACAGUAACAAUUCAGGCAGUAUCACCAAGAUACUUUAAAAAUGAAAUAGAGAACAUUUCAGGCAAUUUUACCAAGGUAUUGUAAAAAUACGGUACCAUACAAAAACUAUCCUCCCAUACAUACCCAGAAUUUAUGUGAUAGAGCAUCAUACCUGUAAUAAAAGCUUCAUUUCUGGGCUUGACGAUGCAUUGUGUUGCAAAAUCUUACAAUGGAUUCCAGAAUUUUCAACUAAGUAUUGAUUGUUCAUUUUUAAAAGGAGAGGUAUAUAAAAAACUGUGCAUAUCUGAAGUUUGGUUGUUGAGCAUCCUACUGUUUGUAAGAUGUUCUGAAUUGGUCUGCAUUUUAAACGUGAUCUGAGUGUCUUUUGUUUACGUUCACUAAAAGCAUCCAGAAAUGUAACAUCUGGCAUCUCAUUCUGAGCAAGUUCUGCUUUCUGAAUGUAAGUUGUGGGAAUGCUUGUAGCUGAAACGUCUGCUUCUCUAAUUUAUUUUUUAUGUAAUCAUCAGAUUUUUGUCACUUAUUUAUCCGUCUUAUCACAUGCUCAAAAAGUGCUCUGACAUCCUUUGUACUGGCAUGUUCAUUACGUUCAUAUGUUGUUGUAGUUUCUGCACCGUAGUAUAAUGGCUGUAGGCCUACUCAGUGACUUGUCCAUUUACUGUUCUGUGUUCUCAGUCUCUGCUGUCACCACGGUAACUUACCAAGUGUUUCCGUGGUUACUGGAUAAGAAUGUUCACCAGCGAUAAGUGUUCCUCAUUAAUCUUCAACUGCAGCAUGGCUGUUUUCUUUCAUUUAUAUUAAUGAAUAAAUUUUAUCAUUUGUGAACA